AAUUGAAUCCUUAGUAGGCGAGUCCAUACAGUCGCUGAACGAUGGAUUUUCUUCCUCUGGCCCUGCUGGGAAUUCUGGCGUUCUGUGAUGGUGUCCUGGCAGCACGCGACAUAGAUGAACACGACAUCUUCUUCGGACCUAAUACCCCAGGAAAUGGUGACGGCAAUGACUGGUUACCCCCGUCACAACAGGAGUGUGAACACUUACAUGUCGAUAUACGCCCGAUGACCUGUUCCGAUUUUUUCACAAGAAUACCCAGAUCCUCUGCCUUCCUUUGGUUUAUAGAUGCAGCUCAUUUUUUACUCUCCACCGAUCAAUACUAUUUCCUGUGGCGUGAGCUGGCACAAAUUCCAAUCCCAGAGAAAAUUCCAGAACCAGUCUCAACUUCCCGGGAUUGUAAGACAGAAUCCAAACUGUUGCUAGGAUACUGGGAAGAUUAUGGCGAGAUCUGCUGGAUAGUAUGGGCAGGAAGACAAGAUGUUCGGUGCGCAGAAUGCGUAAAUGAUUACUGCUGUAGAGAAUUUAACAAAACUGAACCCAACAGUCUGUUGCCCCCAACUAGCCGUUGCAAACUGGGUGGUCAUACUAUACAAAAGUUUAUUGUGUACUGUGCAUAUCUUUACGGAAACCCCUAUGGCGGCUAUUUCAUGAUAAAAUACACAUACCUGCCAUCCUGUUGUGAGUGUAAAAAUGACAUUUGCACGUCAAACACUUAUUAGAAUUAAAGACACCUUUGAACAUUACAUACAUUGGCAAGGUCGGACUAAAACAUCAUCUGUAUUAAAUGUAACGCACACGGUACUUACUUGUGUAUCACUUGUUUAACGACGUUUUUGGUAUAUUUGUGACAGAUGGUUUAAUUCAUAAUAAACGAAUGCUAGACGAUGUAUCUUAACAAAGCUCGUUAAAAGCUCGACACUCGGCAUAUUUGAUGUCAUAUAUGGCCUCGGAAAUUUGUUAUAGGCUUUUUUUUCUUGGUAAAAAAUACAAGUAUAUAUAAAGUAAUCUUACCAUUUUUUGUUAGAACAAACAAAAAGAUAUCGUGAUUUACAUCACAAACCAUGCACCGCUAGGAUAAUGCACAAGGAUGGUCGACAAAUAUGGCACCCUGUAAUGGCCAUCAAUGGGGAGAACAAUAAAAUAAAGAUCGACCUUGCUAUGUAGAGUAUUGACUGGGCAUUGAACUUGGGAAACGACAAAAGGCGAUGAAUACCGAUCUUGAAUCCACACAUUGAUGUUUUAAAGCUGGGCAAACAUUAUCUAGACAUUAUACAUUCUGUUGCUAAUAAAAACCAUAUUUAAACGAGU